CUGCAAUUUAAUUUUUUUUUCUGCUCUGUCAAUGACAUCUUACGGGAGCUCAAGUGUUUUUGAUUGCUAUUUGCAUGUUUUCUCUGUGUGUUGAAUAAAACAACAAACUUGCUGAAAAUCUUUACUGUUGAAAUCCAUCAUAAUGAGUUUCAGCAGUGAUGAAGUUAAUUUUCUAGUAUAUCGAUAUCUUCAAGAAUCUGGGUUUUCCCAUUCUGCAUACACAUUUGGUGUUGAAAGUCACAUUAGUCAAUCCAACAUAAAUGGAGCUCUUGUACCACCAGCUGCUCUUUUAUCCAUUAUACAAAAGGGAUUGCAAUACACAGAAGCAGAAAUCAGUAUUGGAGAGGAUGGAGUCGAGACGAUGAUCGAGUCCUUAUCCCUUAUUGAUGCUGUCAUGCCAGAGGUUGUUUUAUCCAGGCAACAACAAGCCCAUAAUGCUAAAAACGCUGUUGUUAAAACAGAAUCCUCCAAUGGUAACGGCGAAGGAGGAAAUGCAAAUCACACAGAACCAAUGGAUGUUGAUUUGAGGUGGAUUCCUAGCAGCAGAUCAACAAUAUUAAGAGGUCAUGAAUCGGAGGUUUUUAUCUGUGCAUGGAAUCCCACAUCAGAUUUACUAGCAUCUGGUUCUGGUGAUUCAACUGCGCGAAUAUGGAUAAUGAAUGAUAAUACUGCAAUGAAUAGUGGAAAUCAGUUGGUUUUAAGGCAUUGCAUACAGAAAGGAGGCACUGAAGUUCCUAGCAACAAAGAUGUCACUUCUUUAGACUGGAAUUCUGAUGGUACCUUAUUAGCAACAGGUUCUUAUGAUGGAUAUGCAAGGAUAUGGACAACAGAUGGUCGACUUGCUAGUACUCUUGGACAACACAAAGGCCCUAUUUUUGCUUUGAAAUGGAACAAAAAAGGAAAUUAUAUUCUCAGCGCAGGUGUUGAUAAGACAACCAUAAUUUGGGAUGCUAGCACCGGACAGUGUACUCAACAGUUUGCUUUCCAUACAGCCCCUGCUCUUGAUGUGGACUGGCAGACAAACACAAGCUUUGCCUCUUGUUCAACUGAUCAAUGCAUUCAUGUAUGCAAGCUUGGUGUUGAAAAGCCCAUAAAAACAUUUACUGGGCAUACGAAUGAAGUCAAUGCUAUAAAGUGGGAUCCACAAGGAAUAUUGCUAGCUUCCUGUUCUGAUGACAUGUCUCUCAAAAUUUGGAAUAUGAAGCAAGAUACUUGCGUCCAUGAUCUCCAAGCACACAACAAAGAAAUAUACACAAUUAAAUGGAGUCCUACUGGUCCUGGGACUAACAACCCAAAUAUGAAUCUUAUUCUUGCUAGUGCGUCUUUUGAUUCUACUGUUCGCUUAUGGGAUGUAGAACAUGGCUCUUGCCUGUACACAUUGACCAGACAUACAGAACCCGUCUACAGUGUUGCAUUCAGUCCAGAUGGAAAAUAUUUAGCAAGUGGUUCAUUUGACAAAUGUGUUCACAUAUGGUCAACACAGACCGGUCAAAUAAUUCACUGCUACAAAGGAACUGGUGGUAUUUUUGAAGUUUGUUGGAACUCAAGAGGUGACAAAGUUGGUGCUAGUGCUUCUGAUGGAAGUAUUGUUGUCCUUGAUUUGCGAAAGAUGUGAAAGUAUUGAAUUGUAUUACAAUCAAGUCUCAUUGUCAAAGCAUUUUAUAAACUUUUAUGAAAACUAUGAGCUCAUUGUAAAUUGUGUUCAUUUUAAAACAUGUAGCUAAUAUUUAAUUUCUUUACUAAUGCAGAGUGGUUGGAAAAUGUGUGUACCCCUUUUUAUUUUCAACAUUAUAUUAGUGUUGUUUUUGUUAUACAUUAUCUUGGAGUCUUAAGAGUCAUACACACUGGUUAAACACCAUUCAUGUCUUAACACAGCUGAAUCGCACACCGUAUUCUUGCAGAUAGUUUACACCAACACAUCUCAGAACUCUAAAACUCCAUAAAACAUCUGUGAGAAUGUGGCUCAGAAUCUAUGUAACAGCAUGUAUGGUGUUUUCCCGAUUUUUAUAACUCUUAAGAUUUCAAGGUAACUGUGUAUUAUUAACAUUCAACUAUAGCUAACGUAAUAUUGAAAAUAAAGUGCGCCCACUUUCAAAUUACUCUGUACAGUGUUUUUGAAUUGUAAUUUUCAUAUGAAAUCUUUGCAUUAAAAGAAAAAGGAAGGAAAGAGAAAAGAAAAAGCAUCAAUUCUGAGUUGAAUGUUACUGCAUUAUGAAUAUCUCCUUGGACACUUGAUUAGUUUUCAGAUUUACUUCUAAGAUAUUUUAGAAUUGAAUUUUUAAAUAUAUCAUGUUAAGGAAAGUUGAAAAACUUUAGAAUUAACACAUUUAAAUGAUUUUUAGAUAAAUGACAGUGACCUAUUUGAAAUGUCUCUGUAUUGCUCAAAGAAGAAUAUUUUAUAAAUAUCAUAAAUUUGUUUUUUUUUAAACCUGCUCUUAAUUAGUGUACUCUCUCAAAUCUGCUCUGACUUCAAUUCACAAUUGUUCAAAACCUUUACAAGGUUUGAGAUGUAAACAGUAAAACUUAGCAUUAUCGGAAUUUGAGAUGAAAAUAAGCACGAAACUGCAGUCCUCGGCUGGAAAUGACUGAGCUGGCGGUGUAUUUCAUGUAACAUUAAGUGUUUUUUUUUUUUUUAAGAUUGAUAUUUUAAGAUUAAAUUUUUAUAUAUAUUAGUUGAACUAAAAGUCUAUCAUAUUUUUGUGUGCUACGGUUUGCUGUGGUCAUUUGGCAGGCUUGAUUAUGAUUACUUUGGUAUACCUUUUAUUAUUCUAUUAUUUUAAAGACUGAUUUCCCAUAUUGCAUUUUAUUUGAGCAUAUGUGAGUCAAUAGAUUUAGGACUGCAGAGUUUUGUAGUAAUGAGAUGUAUAAAAAUUAAAACAUGAAUAAUUGAUCGAAGCCUCCAGCAAACUAGAACUGCCUAAAGAUUGUUAAAAUGAACAAAGUUCUUAAAUCAAAAUACAUUUACAAAAUGGCUCUUUAAAAGAACUUUUUUUUGACAUUAUGGUAUUUUUUUCUUAGGUCUAAUAGUUUCUUUCGAAAUAUUGAUGAUGGUUUUGCAAUGUAACAUUACAAAAUGUAUAAACAAAUCAAUGAUUCCGAAUGCAAAAAAAAAAAAAAAAAUUAAUUCUGAAAAUUGCUUGGCCCAAUGUUCUGCAGAUUUAAGAGCGGUUUUUGUAUUUGUAUAAAGCACAAUCAAAAAGCUGUUAAAUGAUGCUUCUGUAUAAAGUGAAGGAUAAAAAAAAAAAGUGUAUUAGGUGUGCUUUUUAAACUAAGUUAAUCCAUAACUUCUUACUCAGAACUUUCUACUUAGGACAGUUGCAAAAUAUAUGCAAAAGAAAAACAUUCCAAACUUAUGCUUCAAUCAUGGUGUGCUUCUUUGCAUUUCUGUAAGUUGUCGAAAAUGUAAAGUUAAAAUUGCUGAUUGAGAUAUUUUAAAUGUAAAUAUAAUGCUUUUUCUAUUUUCUCAGAAAAUUUCUUUUUCCUAAUUUUGUUAAAGGAACCAAACAAUAUAUGUAUAUAUAUAUAUAUUUAAUUGUAUAACUUUGAAAACAGAAGUAUUUAGUUAGUUUGUUGCACUUUCAUUUUAGUUGAUGAUAUUAAUUUUUUGAUUCUGUCUGAACAUUCAUUUUAUUACUGGUUGCAUAAGAAAAAAAAUAUUUCAUACAAAGUCAUCCUUUUUUAAUAUAAAUAGGCCAUUUCUAGUUUAGUUACUAAGACAGCUAUUAGAUGCACUGAAUUCUAUGAAUAGUUUUAUUUUUACGAUGUUAUUAACUUUAUAUGCUCUGAACAUCAAUUGCUACUUGGCAAUAAAAUCACGAUAUUUCAAACAAUUCCAAACUCAACUGAAACUGCGUGAUGAUUAUUCUUUCUCAACAAAAUCUUUCAAGUUAUUAAAACCCUGAUAAAUAUAGUUUAAAACUUGUUCCCAUUCUUAUUUUAUGCAUAACCUACAUCUAAAAUGUGAGUGCAAUAUAGUUCAUAAUACUCAAAAAGUGAAUGCAUGACAUGAAAACCUAUAAGACCAUUAAUUUGUUUUGAACAAGCAAUCAAACAACAUGUAAGAUUAGGAUAGAAAAAGGGAAAAAUGAAAGUUUUAGUACAAAAGUAGAAGUUGCUGAAAGUCAAAGCAAUUUAUUCUUUAAAUUGCACUUUGGGGGGGAAAAAUCCUCCUUAGUGGGCUGCUUAAAACCUGUAUGAAUUAUUUUAUUUAUUAAGUUUUGUAUCUAUUCAUAUUCCUUGUAUGUUAGUUCAUGUACAAUCCAGUGAAGUUAUGUAGGGUAUGCUUCAAUCACAUUAGUUUCUUGUGUUACUGAAUUUUGAAUAUAUGCAAUGCUACAAAUUAAAAUGUAUUGAUAUUGGAAAUUUUGAACUAACAACAAUAUAUUCCAUAAAAGUAUUCAAAAGAGAUAUAUCUGUACUCUUGUAAUAUAUGACUUUUUAAAAAUUCUUAUUUUAAGGUGUUUGUAUGGGAUUUUAAGAGUUGAAAGCUUUUAGAUGUAUUUAUGGAGGAUAUUUCAUAAUAUUUCAUUUCAUCAUGAAGCAGAAUGAAAGAGAAGUUGGUUUUCCUGUGAUAGACUAUAUCAAUACUAAUUUUAUUGGCAUAAAAUUUACUUAAUGCCUGGUAAAAUGCUUUUUUCUCUUUGAAGGUUGUGCCUCAGGCUUGUACAAAAUAAAGAUGAUUUCCUUUUGUGA